AGCAGCAGACACAUAUCCACUAAAAAAAAGAAGAUAUUAAUAAUUUUUAGGUUAUUUUGUUUACUAUCAAAUCGUUGUCAAAACGAAUUUAAUAGGGCUUUUAAAAAAAGUAAUGUUUAGUAAAACAUGGCAGCAGCACCACCACAGGCUUUAGUCAACAGGAAUAAGAAACAUUUUCUAGGUGUACCAGCUCCUUUGGGGUAUGUAGCUGGUGUAGGAAGAGGAGCUACAGGUUUUACCACUCGUUCUGAUAUCGGUCCUGCUAGGGAUGCUAACGAUGUUUCGGACGAUAGACACGCUCCGCCAGCAGCUAAAAGGACUAAAAAGAAAGACGAGGAAGAAGAAAAGGAAGAGGAAGAAGAUUUAAAUGAUUCCAAUUAUGAUGAAUUCAGUGGCUAUGGUGGAUCAUUAUUUUCAAAAGAUCCUUAUGACAAAGAUGAUGCAGAAGCUGAUGCUAUUUAUGAAGCUAUUGAUAAACGGAUGGAUGAAAAAAGAAAGGAGUAUAGAGAAAAACGUUUAAGAGAAGAACUUGAGAAGUAUCGACAGGAAAGGCCAAAAAUUCAGCAGCAGUUCUCUGAUUUAAAAAGAGAUUUAGCGCAGGUUACAGAAGAUGAAUGGAAGACAGUACCAGAAGUUGGUGAUGCCAGAAAUAAAAAGCAACGUAAUCCGAGAGCAGAAAAGUUUACCCCCUUACCAGAUAGCGUAAUAUCUAACAAUUUAGGAAGUGUGUCCUCCACAUCUAUAGAUCCCAAUUCAGGUUUAGCUAGUAUGGUUCCUGGAGUACAAACACCGGGUAUGCUGACACCCACAGGCGACAUGGAUCUGCGCAAAAUCGGCCAAGCAAGAAACACUCUGAUGAAUGUUAAACUGUCACAAGUAUCUGACUCUGUAACUGGUCAAACAGUUGUUGAUCCUAAGGGGUAUCUUACUGAUUUACAAUCUAUGAUACCCACUUAUGGAGGUGACAUUAAUGACAUCAAGAAAGCUAGACUACUAUUAAAAUCAGUCAGAGAAACUAAUCCAAAUCAUCCACCUGCUUGGAUUGCCAGUGCUAGGCUAGAGGAGGUUACAGGCAAAGUCCAAGCAGCUAGAAACCUUAUAAUGAAAGGCUGUGAAGUAAAUCCCCAAAGCGAGGACCUAUGGCUUGAAGCGGCUAGACUAAAUCCACCUGAUACCGCUAAAGCAAUCAUUGCUCAAGCAGCCCGUCACAUACCUACAUCUGUCAGAAUCUGGAUUAAAGCGGCUGAUCUAGAAUCCGAAACCAAGGCCAAAAGAAGGGUCUAUAGGAAAGCCUUGGAACAUAUUCCGAACUCCGUACGAUUGUGGAAAGCUGCCGUUGAACUGGAAAAUCCAGAAGACGCCAGGAUUCUACUUUCUAGGGCUGUGGAAUGUUGUCCGUCAGCAGUUGAACUGUGGUUGGCGCUUGCCAGGCUGGAAACUUAUGAAAAUGCGAGGAAAGUGCUGAAUAAAGCUAGAGAAAAUAUUCCUACGGAUAAACAGAUUUGGACCACUGCUGCAAAAUUAGAGGAGGCGAAUGGUAACCAACAUAUGGUGGAAAAGAUCAUAGAACGAGCUAUUACUUCGCUUAGUUCAAACGGUGUGGAAAUCAACAGGGAACAAUGGUUUAAAGAAGCCAUUGAAAGUGAAAAAGGCGGCCAUAUUCAUUGUUGUCGCGCUAUCAUUAAAGCGAUCAUUAGCUACGGCGUGGAAACUGAAGAUCAAAAACACACUUGGAUGGAAGACGCUGAAAACUGUAUCAAUCAAACUGCUUUUGAGUGUGCUAGAAGUGUUUACAACAUAGCUUUAGCCACAUUUCCCGGCAAGAAGUCAAUAUGGCUGCGAGCUGCCUAUCUGGAGAAAAGCCACGGCACCAGGGAGAGUUUGGAAAGUCUUCUACAAAGAGCAGUUGCCCAUUGUCCGAAGAGUGAGGUCUUGUGGUUGAUGGGAGCCAAGAGCAAGUGGUUAGCAGGUGACGUGCCGGCAGCUAGAGGAAUCCUCUCCCUAGCUUUCCAGGCUAAUCCAAAUAGCGAAGAGAUCUGGCUCGCUGCUGUGAAAUUGGAAUCCGAAAAUAAAGAAUACGAAAGAGCCAGGAGAUUGUUGGCGAAGGCCAGAGGAUCCGCUCCAACACCGCGUGUCAUGAUGAAGAGCGCUAAAUUGGAAUGGUCUCUGAACGACUUGGACGGAGCUCUCCAUUUACUAGACGAAGCACUAAAAGCGUUUGGAGAUUAUUCUAAAUUGUGGAUGAUGGUUGGGCAAAUUCAAGAGGAGAAGAAGGAUUUGUCAAAAGCGUUCGAUGCGUACAACGCAGGAAUUAAAAAAUGUCCGAACUCUAUUCCUCUUUGGAUCUUGUUGUCGAGAUUAGAAGAAAAGAGAGGACUUCUCACCAAGGCUAGAUCAGUUUUGGAAAAAGCAAGGUUAAGAAACCCUAAGAACGAUCAACUCUGGCUGGAAGCUAUCAGGGUAGAAAUGAGAGCUGGUAUAAAAGACAUUGCUAACGCUAUGAUGGCCAAAGCGAUCCAAGAGUGUCCAACGUCUGGUAUUUUAUGGUCUGAAAGUAUCUUCAUGGAACCCAGACCUCAACGCAAAACAAAAUCUGUAGAUGCGUUGAAGAAAUGUGAACACGAUCCACACGUGCUGCUCGCUGUAAGUAAACUCUUCUGGUCUGAAAGGAAGAUUAGUAAAUGUAGAGAAUGGUUCCAGAGGACUUUAAAGAUCGAGCCCGAUUUAGGAGACGCUUGGGCUUAUUGGUACCGAUUCGAGCAAUUGCACGGAACCAAAGAACAGCAAGAAGAGGCAAAACAGAGGUGUAUAUUGACAGAACCUCACCACGGUGAGAAUUGGUGUGCCGUGUCAAAGGAUAUUAAAAAUGUUGGGUUGAGUACUGAACAAAUCUUAAGACUCGUUGCAAAAGAAUUGCCAAUACCAGUGUAAAAUAGAUCAGUCCCUAAGAAAAGUUGUAAUUACAUCAUUAGUAUUCGAUCUUUGUGUUUGAUUUGUUUUUUUUAUUAAUUGUAAUUAUAGUUGUUAAAAAGUAAA